AUGGGUCCCAAAUUCGAUCCAGCAGCCGUUUACGAAAUUAUGAUUCGUGUCACCGGUGGUGAAGUACCAGGUGGUUCAUCAUUAGCCCCAAAAAUCGGUCCUCUUGGUUUAUCACCAAAAAAAGUGGGUGAUGAUAUUGCUAAAGCAACAGGUGAAUGGAAAGGCAUGCGUGUAACAGUAAAAUUAACUGUUCAAAAUCGUAAUGCAAAAAUCGAUGUAAUUCCAUCAGCAUCAUCACUUGUUAUCAAAGCACUUAAAGAACCACCACGUGAUCGAAAGAAACAAAAGAAUAUUAAACAUGAUGGUAAUGUUUCACUCGAUGAAAUCUAUAAAAUUGCUCGAAUUAUGCGACCAAGAUCAUUAGCAAAAGCAUUCGAUGGAACUGUCAAAGAAAUACUUGGCACAGCUCAAUCAGUUGGCUGUAAAGUAGAAGGCUCUCAUCCACAUGAUAUUAUUAAUCAAAUAGAUAAUGGUCAAGUUGAUGUACCACGAGAGUAAAUGAAAAAAAAAAAUAAAAUAAAAAUACAAACAUCACAAAGAUUUUUUGUUAAGAAGAAAAAUAAAUAAAGAAGAUAUCAUCAAGACUUUAUUUAAGUUAUAUCGUUUGUUUUGAUUAUAACUGUUUUUUUCUAAUAAAGUCAAAAAUGAAACUUCGAUUUGAAAUAAUUUAACAACAUUCUUUUUUAAAAUAUAACAAAAGAUCAGCAAAUUUAAUUGAGGGUGUGGGUGUGGUGUGG